CGCCGAAGCGAGUGGUCCUCUGUUGCUGUUCUCUCGUUUUUUUCUCAUUUUCCUCAUUCCCUUCUUCCUCCUCAUUUCCUCGAGGGAGCAAGGUGUUUGUCCAUCUCUCAUCCAGAGAAGAUAAUUAACUCAGCUCACCAGGAAGAGACUCCCUCGAUGAAUACUCACUGCAUCUGGGCAAAUGGAACACUGCCAACUCCUGCAUCAGAGUACAGGGAAUUCCCGGUAAGAGACUGGGAAUACCGGUAAGAGACUGGGAAUACCGGUAAGAAACUGGGAAUACCGGUAUUCCUAAUAGACCGGAGCAGGGAUUGCAGCAAGGGAACAGGUGGGAUCUUAGGGAGAGAGCUGGACCUGGACUAAUGCUCCCACUGUCGGAUCGAGACUCAGAUCCCUCCUCUUAAAGAUAGGAGCGUCAGGAUUCAGGAAGACCACACGGACACUUCCCGACACAUUGACUGUGUCUUAUUAUCCCACUCUCGUAUUCCAGCUGCUAAGACUGUUUGCUUACUGGGAGGACAGCGUCGGCUUAACUGCUUGAGUGCGGUCGGACAGUACUGUGUGUGUGUGUGUGUGUGUGUGUGUGUGUGUGUGUGUGUGUGUGUGUGUGUGUGUGUGUGUGUGUGUGUGUGUGUGUGUGUGUGUGUGUGUGUGUGUGUGUGUGUGUGUGUCUGAAACUAUUCGGUACCCCAGAGGAAGAUGCCCGCCAUUCUGCUGGCCUCUAAGAUGAAGUCGGGACUGCCCAAACCCAAGCCGGUGCACAGCGCUCUGCCCAUUCCACAGGUGCCCUCGCGCCCCCUCACCCUGCCCCUACCUCUGCCCAUGCCCCUCAAGCCCUCCUACAGACACAUUCCCACAGUGGGCCCCCAGGGGGGCUCGGGACACAACCAGGGAGUCUGGGGAGCCCCCAAAACCAAGAGUGCUCCAGCGACAGACGGUGGAAUUGACACGCAGAUCUAUACGGACUGGGCCAACCACUACCUAGCCAAGUCAGGACACAAGCGACUUAUCAAGGACCUGCAAACAGACGUCGCAGACGGAGUGCUGCUUGCGGAGAUCAUACAGGUUGUCGCCAAUGAGAAGAUUGAAGACAUCAAUGGCUGCCCUAAGAGUCGUUCUCAGAUGAUUGGGAACAUUGAUGCCUGCCUCAGUUUCCUGGUAGCCAAAGGAGUCAACAUACAGGGCCUGUCUGCAGAAGAGAUCCGCAAUGGGAAUCUGAAGGCCAUUCUGGGCCUCUUCUUCAGCCUGUCUCGCUACAAGCAGCAGCAGGCCCACCGCCAGCACUCCCAGCCCCCCCUUAAGUCCCAGUCCCAGAGCCCUCAUCCUCCCCUGAGCCAGCAGACCAGCGCCCCUGCCCAGCUCAGCAGCCAGCCUGCCCCCCAUACGCAUGAGACUCCGGCCCCCACAGCACAAGCAGCCCAGAAAACAGCACAGGUCGAGAUGCAGUCCAGGGAUGGGUCUCAGAGUAAACUGCUCAGGUUUUCCCUUGGUCAGAAAAAGUCCUCUAGACUUCCAGGCCCUAGUGCGAGGGUGUCCACUGCUGGCAGUGACAUCACACCUCGCGGGUCGGUUGGCGCCGCCGGCAACCGGCGCAGUCAGGGCUUCACAGACAAGACCAAACCAGCCGCUCACCUGCACAAAGAACCGUCCGAGGACAUGACUUCACAGACUCCGGUAAUGACUGAACAUGCUCCGUCGUCCCCGGUGACCAUCAACACUUCCGCCAACAGCGUCUCUACCUCGGCUCCUGUCCCUCCAUCCUCCUCUUCCUCGGCCAUCCCCCACCCCAACUCCAGCAGCAAGCCCUGGAGGAGUAAGUCUGUGAGCUCCAAGCACACCUCCUCCUCAGCCAUGCUCUCUGUCAAGCAGGAGAAGGAUGCCUCCACAAAGGCCUCCUCGUCCACCGAGCCCCCACCAAAAGUCAUCCAACAGAAGUCGAUGCUGGAGAAGCUCAAGCUGUUUAACAGUAAAGGCGGAUCUAAGUCCUCGUCCUCCAGCACUCAGGGAGCUCAGGCGGACAGCGGUGCCCCCGCCCGGCAGCUCGGGGCUGGUGAAGUAGAGAGGGCAGAAGCAGGGUCCAACACCGACUCCCUAGGGGAGGCAGAGGGGAACACCCGGCCCGGCGUCAACGGGACAGGUAACGGGACGACCCACGGUGGUGCUUCUGCCCUUGUCCCUACCGUCGCCACAACAACCAGCAGCCCCAAGAUCGCACUGAGGGGAAUCGCUCAGCGCACGUUCAGCAGAGCUAUGACUUCUAAAAAGAGCUCAGUGAAAGGACUGGAGAAGGAGAAGGAGAAAGAGAAGGAGAAGGAGAAGGAGAGGGGGAAGGAGAAGGAGAAAGAGAGGGAAAGAGUGAAAGAGGCGGGGAAACACAUCGCCACCGAGAGGAUGGAACUCAGGGGGGAGGAGCCUAAGGAGGAAGCGACUACCAGUGUCGCAAUGGAAACAGAACCCUCCUCCAAUAAGAGAACUUCUAAAAUCUCCAGUUUCAUACCCAAAGGGAGCAAAGUGGCCAAGAAGGAGAGUUCUGUCCCUGCACACAGCGGCAUACCAAAGCCAGGGGGUAAAACCUCAGGGGUAGGGGGGAAGGCGCCCUCGGCAGGGGGGAAGGAGGGUGGGGAGCGUCCCCGGAGCAUGCGGUUGGGAGGGGGUCUUGUCCUGCAACGCGGACACCUGGACAGAGACCGAGACAGGGACAGCAGGCACUCUAGCUCUACCUCUAGUCUGGCUUCUACAGAGGGCAAGGCCUCACAACAGGGCCACAGCGCCGCCCCGGUGGUGGAAGGUGGUAGUGGUGGCGCUACACAGAGCACAGCCUGCAACACGGUCAGCGUCCAGCUACCUCAGCCCCAGCAGCACCACAGCCACCCCAACACAGCCACCGUAGCACCCUUCAUGUACAGGUCACAAACGGACGUGGACGGUAUCAUGGCGACAGAGGCAGGGUCAGGAGGAAGGGGCGGAGAAAACACCCCCUUUAAAGCCAGCCAGCCGUCCAUUGAGGACCUUUCAGAAGAAGAUCCAGAGACACGGCGGCUGCGGACUGUUAAAAACAUUGCAGACCUCCGCCAGAACCUGGAAGAGACCAUGUCCAGUCUACGGGGGACUCAGAUCACACACAGCACCUUGGAGACGACCUUUGAUAGCAACGUCACCACGGAGAUCAGCGGCGGCGGCGGGAGUGGGCGGAGCAUCCUCAGCCUGACUUCCUCCCGGCCCUCCCUGUCAUCAUGGCGACUGGGCCAAUCCAGCCCCCGCCUGCAGGCGGGGGACGCACCCUCCACGGGGAACGGCUACGGGGGUCGUGCCUCGGGAGGAGGAGGAGGGCAGGGGGGCCGCUACCUGUACCCUGGCCCCCUGCGGAGACAGCUGGCGGGGCGGGGAGGUGCCCUCGGUAUGGAUCUGGGGGGGAGAGGGGAGGAUAUUGACCUGGAGGGCAUCGCCAUGGAGGUGACGGGCUACAUGAGUGACGGGGAUGUGCUGAGCAAGAACGCAGCGCGCCCUGAUGAUGUCACCAGUGGCUACAUGACGGACGGCGGUCUGAGUCUGUACACGCGGCGACUCAACCGUCUACCUGACGGCAUGGCGGCGGUACGAGAGACCAUCCAACGCAACACCUCCACGGGCCAGGGAGACGCUGACAGUUGGGAUGACAGCAGCUCAGUGAGCAGUGGCAUCAGUGACACCAUCGACACAGAUGACAUCAACACCAGCUCCUCCAUCAGCUCCUACGCCAACACACCGGCCGCACAGCGCAAGGCCCUCAACGGACAGCCCGUGACGGACGCCGAGAAGCACUCGGCCUCUACCAACCCGAGCCCCGCCUGGUCAGGUGACGAGGUCAGGAGGUUAGACGGGUUGUCGGACAGCGGGGUCAGCAGGAUGGACCAGGGCUCCAAGUGGACCCGCCGGAACCCCUCUGACUUGUCUGACGAGUCGGACAAGGUGGCCUCGCAAAGGAAGACUCCCUCUAUGACCCACACAGGGUCCUGGAGGAAGGGCAUGAGUGCACAGGUGGGGGUGACGAACCCCAGAACUAAAGCUACUGGAAUGUCAGGGUCCACUGCGAUAAAAACGCACAGCACAGGUAAAACAGACGACGUCAAGGUGUCCGAGAAGGGCCGCCUCUCCCCUCGCUCCGAUGCCGGACGCAGCAGUGACGACGAGGCCAAGAAGCACGCCCCCUCCACCGCUGCCUCCGCCCGCACCUCACACCCGCACUCCAUGUCCGAACCCCACUCCCAGUCACACGCACUCACCUCCCGCACCCCCACCAGCACAUUUGGCUUCAAGAAGCAGAGUUCCGGGGUGGUUACUAUGGUUACCGCCAGUGGCGCCACCAUCACGAGCGGGUCAGCGACUCUUGGCAAGAUGCCCAGGUCAGGGACGAGGUCCCUAGCCGGUGGGGUAAAGGUCGGUGGUCAAGAUGUGGGGUCCGGUCUAGGUCACCAUGACGACGGGUACCUCUCGGUGAGCGCCCGCUCCACACUGCAGUACCGGAGCCUUCCAAGACCCAGCCGGUCCGGCGCCGCCGCGCGUAGCGGAAACCGGUCGUCGACCAGCAGCAUCGAGGCGACCGUGCUUUCCGUUACCACUCACAGUAAAAGCAGAGACGUGGGAAACACUGGGAAAAUGAAUGGAAGUGGGACUGGGGUCUCGCUAGCCAAUCAGACGGACCGAGAGAAGGGCGUGUCAGAGGGCGUGGACAACCUGAGGGGAGGGGCUUCCAACGUACCUCUCACAGGGAGGCAGCAGGUUGCCUCACCCACACUGCGCAGGUUGUUUGGUGGUAAGCCCAGUAAGCAGGCUCCGGUCACCACAGCAGAGAACAUGAAGAACUCAACGGUGAUCUCCAACCCUCACGCGACCCACGCUGCCCUGGACUCCCCUGGAGGUGUUGGGGUGGAGAGCGAGGGCAGCAGCCCCCUGUAUGGAGGACGAAACUUGAGCACGGGCCAUAGCACGCUGGGUAGCGAACAGAGUGCGUCCAGCCCCGGCUCUGUCUACUCCUCCACGGGGCCCUCCAACAGCCUGACAUGGGGCACCACCACGAGCACUGGCUCCUCUGCCCAGAGCAGGGAGGGGACCCUGGGCGGGCACGGUGGCGGGGCGGGAAGCCUGGGCUACCCCUCGGUCAGCAGCAUGCACACCAGCAGCGAGUCCAUCGACAUGAGCGUGAGCAGCGCUGGGCACGGAGGAAGGGACAGCAGGGAGGACACCCUCUCGGCUCUGGGCAGGACCAGCAGCGUCAAGACGGGCAUGUCUGAGAGCCCCCUGUCCUCCCCCUCCGCUAGCCCUAAAUUCAACCGAAAUACCUUACCUCGGAAACAGGAAAGGGGUCCACACAGUGAUAGAAACACUCUGCCCAAGAAGGGACUCAGGUAUGCCCCAUCACCCCAGCUGCGAGGUCAUGAGGAGGCGGCGCGUGAUUGGCUGCGCUUCCAUUCACAGGGCGGGCUGCAGGACUCAACCAGUAACUCUCCCUUCUCACCUGGAUCCAGCCUCACCUCACCCUCCGGGACACGCUUCAACUUUGGACAGCUCGCAGGUAGCCCCACCACAGCUGCUCAGAUAAACCUGGCCAGCCUCCGGAACAACAGUCUGACCAAUCAGGACACCACCUUUGACCCCUGUGGUGACACCCGCCUGAGGAACUCCUGCGUGUCAUUGGACGAGAAGACUCGCACCAUGAGCCGCUCUGGUUCCUUCAGAGAGGGCUUUGAGGAGGUUCACGGCUCCUCCCUGUCUCUGGUCUCCAGUACCUCCUCUAUCUACUCUACGACCGAAGAGAAAUCCCAGUCAGAGAUCCGUAAGCUGCGUAGAGAGCUGGAUGCCUCCCAGGAAAAAGUCUCGGCCCUGACGACACAACUGAGUGCCAAUGCUCACCUGGUGGCAGCAUUUGAACAGAGCCUGGGUAACAUGACUAUCAGACUGAAGAGUCUCACUAUGACCGCUGAGCACAAGGACUGUGAGCUGAACGAGCUGAGGAAGAACAUUGAGCUGCUGAAGAAACAGAACAACGUGGCCCAGGCCGCCAUCAACGGAGUCAUCAACACACCUGAGUUCACCUGCAAACAGAACAGGACAGGUUCUUUCUCAGGUGGUGGUGGUAGUAAUGGCAGCUCCCUGCAGCAGCAGCAGCCAGACCUACGGAUGAGGAGACAGCACUCGUCAGACAGCGUCAGCAGCAUUGCCAGUGCAACCAGCCACUCCAGUGUGGGAUCCAACAUGGACGCCGACGCUAAGAACAAGAAGAAGAACAAGAAGAACUGGGUCUAUGAGUUGCGGAGCUCCUUCAAGCAGGCGUUCAGUAAGAAGAAGUCUCCCAAGUCUGCCUCGUCCCACUCUGACAUAGAGGAGAUGACGGACUCCUCCCUCCCCUCCUCCCCCAAACUCGCCCACAAUGGGUCCACAACCUCCAGCCACAUGCUCAGGAACUCUCAGUCCAACUCACUGCUGUCGGACUGUCUGGACGGUGAGGCAGAGACAGUGAUGCAGCUCCGCAGCGAGCUCAGGGAGAAGGAGAUGAAGCUGACAGACAUCCGCCUUGAGGCUCUCAGCUCGGCCCAUCAACUGGACCAGCUCAGAGAGGCCAUGAACCACAUGCAGGGGGAGAUAGAAAAACUGAAGACAGAGAAUGACCGUCUGAAGCUGGAGAGUGCGGGGAGCAGCCGAGCCCCCUCCCAGGCCUCCAUUUCCUCCUCGCCCCCUCACCAUACACACACCCCUACACCAGGGCCUAGUCUGUGCCAGCACAGCAUCAACCUCACCGAGUCCACCAGCCUGGACAUGUUGUUGGAUGAUACAGUGGGAGAUGGAGUGGUGAGGAAAGAGGGACGACAUGUGAAGAUAGUGGUCAGUCUGGAUGAGUACCUCUCCCAGGAGGCCAGGGCUCGCCACUUCCUGAUUGGCUGUAUCGGUGUGAGUGGUAAAACCAAGUGGGACAUCUUGGACGGGGUGGUCCGCCGCCUCUUCAAGGAGUACAUCACCCAUGUGGACCCAGUGAGCCAGCUGGGGCUGACCUGUGACAGUGUGGAGGGAUACAACAUCGGGGAUGUGCAUCGUCAUAGCAACACCAGCGCCGCUCACCCCCCCGAGCUGCUGCCCUGCGGCUACCUGGUUGGAGACAGCGACACCAUCAACAUCAGGCUCAAAGGUGUGAGCAGUGAGAGUGUGGACUACCUGGUGUUUGACACCCUGAUCCCUAAGCCCAUGCUGCAGCGCUACGUGUCUCUGCUGAGGGAGCACCGCCGUGUCAUUCUCUCUGGCCCCAGCGGCACCGGUAAAACACACCUGGCUCAUCGUCUGGCAAGACACCUGCUCCUGCUGGAGGGCCGACCCCUGACCCCUCAUUCCGUCGUCACCUUUAACGUGGACCACAAAUCUAGCAAGGAAUUGCGUCAGUACCUAUCAGGCCUGGCUGAGCAGUGCAGCAGUGACAGGCCAGAGGCAGAGAGCCCUCUUGUGGUCAUACUGGAUAACCUGCACCAUGUCUCCUCUCUGGGAGAAAUCUUCAACGGAGUGUUCAACUGCAAGUACCAAUGUUGCCCCUACAUCAUCGGUACUAUGAGCCAGGCCACAUCCUCUGCCCCCAACCUACAACUCCACCAUAACUUCAGGUGGGUGCUGUGUGCCAAUCACUUGGAGCCGGUGAAGGGCUUCCUUGGUCGCUAUCUGAGGAGGAAGCUGAUCGAGACGGAGAUCGGCAGCCGCAAGCGUACCCUGGAGCUGGUAAAGAUCAUCGACUGGAUCCCUCGUGUCUGGCACCACCUCAACCGCUUCCUAGAGGCGCACAGCUCCUCUGACGUUACCAUCGGGCCACGCCUCUUCCUGUCAUGUCCCAUGGAUGUGGCUGGCUCCAGGGUGUGGUUCACAGACCUCUGGAACUACUCCAUCAUCCCCUACAUGCUGGAGGCAAUCAGAGAGGGACUGCAGCUGUACGGCCGUAGGUCAGCGUGGGAGGACCCUGCAUGCUGGGUGAUUGACAGCUACCCCUGGUCAGCCACGCCCACCGCACCUGCUGACUGGCCCCCGUUGCUACAGCUCCGCCCAGAAGAUGUGGGCUUCGACGGUUACUCCGCCCCCAGGGAGGGCAUCAGGAAGGAGCCGCCUCAGAGCGACUGUGACGCAGACCCACUGAUGAAUAUGCUAAUGAGGCUGAAGGAAGCAGCCACUUCCUCCAGCCCUCAGAGAUACGACAGCGACUCUAACAGCAACAGUCACCAACACGACAUCCUGGACUCAACACUGGAGUCAACAUUGUGAUCCGACUCCUCCCCCUUCCCAAGAAGACACAAAUACAUUCAGUUAACGUUUUUAUGUUCAGUCAAUACAACAUUUCUUUUGAAUGUGUUUUUCAAGCUCACGUCCACACAAAAAAAUCAAGACACUUUAAUUGUCAUGUCCAGAACACGACGGGUGCAGGUAACCCAAAAUGAGAGAAGAACUGAAGAAGGAAAAAAAAUAGGGGUGAAACAGAAAGCUGCUGCGCUGUUCUAUUUUUGCACCGUCAUGGCUAACCGCUCUCCUACGUCCAAUCCGGACGUGCCAUUUAGACAAAGCAACUGACAUAAACCAGGAUAUUACACUGUGCGUCAUCUUCGCCGUCUUCGACGGUUUCCUUAUCAGCAUCAGUUCCAUGGUCUCCUUAUUUAUAAGAAGUCAAAAGAGACCGCAUCUUUGAGCCAAACCCACCACAAUCAGCAAGCCAGGCUCCUCACGGCUCUUACCCAGCUGCAGUGCUCCAAACUGGGCUACAGAUUGAACUACAGGCCCUUUCCUUUGGAGCAUGGUGCUGGGGGUCUCAUCUUCGUCAUCUCCACACAGACCAAAUUCACUGGUUCCCAAAUGCCUCCUUAUGCCCCCAAUGACACACACACACACACCCAUCACCAUUCACCUGCCCCGACAUGUGACUCCUUUUGUCCCAAACGGGUCGCCGUAGCAUGAGUUUCUUCUCCAGACGAAAGUCUCUACUUUGGUGCUGGACUGAACUUCAAUAAGGAUGCCUUACUUUUUUUUGUAACAGACUUUGUGCAUUAGCUACUUUUUUAUUUUGUCUUUUUGGCCGUAAACUUACAGGGCUUUAAGUCGACACUCUCUUUGCGUUGUGCCUAGGCAGGUGUGGCUUGAAGAGCAGCGUCGACUAUCGUCAUAUCAAACACUAAUGACAUGUUAUUAAGAGGUUAUUAGGGCUUGAAUAGGGAAAGGGACUUGGGCUUUAAUAACAUGUAAUGAAUUGUAUUGCUCCCAAUGCUGAGAAGUUUGUAAAAGUUUGGAUAUAACUUACUAAGGACAAUUUGUGAGAUGGGGAAGUACAAAUUGGUUGGUGCUCAAAAUACACAUAAUUUUGUAAUAAAUGUGGGGGAAUGUUUAAUAAGGAAUUGUUUUAGUCUCUAUACCUCAUCUACCUUCUAUACUCCCCUUUACGCCUUUGCCAUGCUUGUUGUAUGUUUUGAUUAUGUGACGUGUAAUGAUUAUUGUUGUCAUGACGACAUGUUGAGUGAAUAUGUAACAAUAUGUAUAUGCUGCUUUGUUUAAAGUCAUUUUUACUUGAGGUCAUGUUUAAAAGGUACAAAUGGGAGAAGUUAAAGAUUUAAGAAUGGUUAUGGCUUCAGGUCAAAACAGAUUUUUUUUUUCUUGGCUUCAGAAAUUGUGUAUAUUGUCCCCUUUCCUCCAAAAACCUUCAUCCUAUGAGGAGAAGUGUGUUUCUUUGGGGGGGUCCGAUUAGGUUAUUUGUUUCCAGCGUCGCUUCCAUUAACAUUCAGAGUUCUUAGUCAUCAAACCUAUGCAACAUUCAUUUCAAACUCAAAAUUGAAGCCAAGCCUUAUGUCAGUUCUUUAAGGUUUUUCAGCACUGCCAAGAAGAUGUACAGCAAGUGAUCUGAUUUUGUGAAUAGUUUUUGGGGAGCUGGUACAGUCUUUGUUCAUUUACAAAUCAAAUGUGUCUGUGCAUUUGGAGAGGGCGUCUUGUCAUAGUGAAUGCAAGCACAACAAACACCGGAUAUGUAUGUGUUUGUCUGUGUGUCCACCGGUGAAACGACCUGCUCGCUUUGAGAAGUUUGGGAUGGUGAAAUGAACGGAGUUGCUGUUGAAAUCACAUGUUCUUAAAACUUAAUGAAUGUGUAGCCUUCUUUGCUAUGUAAAAAAAACACACACACAAAAACAUAAUGUAACAUAACAGUGUAAAUACUUGAUUACCUUGCGACAUUUUGAUGACUUUUCUAGCCAAUUUGUAACUACUUGAAAAUGAGUAUUUUGUGUACAGUCUCUUUUGCGUCAGAGCAGGCGUGUGGAGUUUAUCGUCAAUGUUCUCUCCAGAGCUUGGAGAACUGAUUCUGAAGAUCACUUGUACGAGUCUUAAGUUAUUUGUGAUUCAAUAAAAAUCACGGUUAUUUAUGAA